CAAUAUUCAAAUAAUGAAGAGAAAUGCAUUCUUGAAGAGAGGAAAAAUUAUUGAAAUGUCUCUUUCUAUGCUCUUGAGACAGCUACGUGCUUCUAGAAAUCAGAGACGGAGAAGAGUUAUUAAUUAACUUAUAUUCAUAGAGAGGAAUGUUUAUACAAACUACUUUCAAGGUAAAGACUCUUAAUGCUUACAUGUUGAGCACAAGAAUAUUGAGUAUUGAUAGGUUAGUGAGGGUGCAAUAAAACUUUACAAGUCAGCCGAUAUAUACCUGAGCAAUUUUUCCAGCUGGUUAGCAGCCUCACUACCCUGCUGCCGCACAGCAAGUCAAACACGCUAUGAAAAAAGAUGGCAAGGAAGAAGUUUAGUGGACUGGAAAUCUUCCUGAUUGUCCUCUUUGUCAUAGUUACAAUAAUAGCUAUUGCCCUUGUUGCUGUUCUAGCAACUAACACACCUGGUGUUGAUGGACCCACUACCUCUGGUUCACAAAGAUGUCCAGCAGCCAUAAACGAUCCCAUCAAUGAGAGAAUAAACUGCAUUCCAGAACAAUCUCCAACUCAGGCCGUGUGCGCGCAGCGGGGCUGCUGCUGGAGGCCGUGGAACAACUCGGUGGUGCCGUGGUGCUUCUUCGUGGACAAUCACGGCUACGACGUGGCUGCAAGGAGAGCGACGGACGCCGGACUUGAAGUUCAGCUGAGCAGGAUAUCUUCUCCUACUCUGUUUGGAAAUGACAUUAACAACGUGCUCCUCACAACUGAAAAUCAGACACCCAAUCGUUUCCACUUCAAGAUUACUGAUCCCAAUAAUGUAAGAUACGAAGUUCCUCAUCAGUUUGUAAAGCCGCACACCGGGCCCGCGGCUUCUGAAACACUGUAUGACGUGCAGGUUACAGAAAAGCCUUUCAGCAUCAAAGUUAUAAGGAAAAGCAACGGCAGAACUUUAUUUGAUACCAGCAUUGGUCCUUUGGUGUACUCUGACCAGUAUUUACAGAUUUCAACCAGACUUCCCAGUGAAUAUAUUUACGGCUUGGGGGAACAUAUUCAUAAGAGGUUCCGCCAUGAUUUAUACUGGAAAACGUGGCCCAUUUUCACACGAGAUGAGCUUCCUGGUGAUAACAAUCACAACUUAUACGGUCACCAGACGUUCUUCAUGGGCAUUGAAGACACAUCGGGAAAGUCAUUCGGUGUGUUUUUGAUGAACAGCAAUGCAAUGGAGGUUUUUAUUCAGCCAACUCCAAUAGUAACUUACAGAGUUACUGGUGGCAUUUUGGACUUUUACAUCUUUCUAGGAGAUUCACCAGAGCAAGUCACUCAACAGUACCAAGAGCUCAUUGGACUGCCAGCAAUGCCGGCGUACUGGAGUCUUGGGUUCCAACUGAGCCGCUGGAAUUACGGGUCCCUGGAGGUGGUGAGGGAGGUGGUGAGAAGGAACAGGGAAGCCGGCAUACCAUAUGAUACACAAGUGACUGAUAUUGACUAUAUGGAAGAUAAGAAAGAUUUUACUUAUGAUAAAGUCACAUUUAAUGGACUCCCUGAUUUUGUCAGAGAUCUGCAUGAUCACGGACAAAAAUAUGUUAUCAUCUUGGAUCCUGCAAUUGCUACAAGCCGACUUGCCAACGGGGACGCGUAUGCGGCUUAUGACAGAGGUAGCGCACAGCAUGUGUGGAUAAACGAGUCAGACGGCACCACGCCACUGAUCGGAGAGGUAUGGCCAGGAUUAACAGUAUUCCCUGAUUUCACUAACCCAAGCUGCAUAGAUUGGUGGGCAAAUGAAUGCAGUAUUUUCCAUCAAGAAGUGAACUAUGAUGGACUUUGGAUUGACAUGAAUGAAGUUUCCAGCUUUAUUCAAGGUUCCCGGAAUGGGUGCAAUGACAACAAAUUGAAUUAUCCACCUUUUAUGCCCGGCAUUUUGGACAAGCUUUUGUACUCCAAGACCAUCUGCAUGGAUGCAGUGCAGCACUGGGGCAGACACUACGACGUACACAGCCUGUACGGGUACAGCAUGGCGAUAGCCACGGAGAGAGCCAUACGAAGUGUAUACACCAAUAAGAGAAGCUUCAUUCUCACUCGCUCAACUUUUGCCGGAAGUGGCAGGCAUGCUGCACACUGGUUGGGAGACAAUACUGCCUCCUGGGAGCAGAUGGAAUGGUCCAUCACCGGAAUGCUGGAGUUUGGUUUGUUCGGAAUGCCUCUGGUGGGAGCAGAUAUCUGUGGAUUUGUGGCUGACACUACAGAAGAGCUUUGCAGAAGGUGGAUGCAGCUCGGGGCAUUUUAUCCGUUUUCUAGGAAUCACAAUGCUGAAGGGUACCAGCAUCAGGAUCCUGCAUUUUUUGGACAAGAUUCACUGUUGGUGAAGUCCUCGCGGCACUACUUAUUGAUUCGCUAUACCUUGCUACCUUUCCUCUACACCUUGUUUUACAAAGCGCAUGUGAGCGGAGAAACAGUAGCAAGACCAUUUCUCCACGAGUUUUAUGAGGACACAAACAGCUGGAUUGAGGACACUCAGUUUUUGUGGGGUCCUGCACUCCUUAUUACUCCAGUUUUGAGACAGGGAGCAGUAUCAGUGAGUGCGUACAUCCCUGACGCUACGUGGUAUGAUUACGAAACGGGUGCAAAAAGACCAUGGAGGAAACAACGGGUGGACAUGUAUCUUCCAGCAGAUAAAAUCGGAUUACACCUUAGAGGAGGUUAUAUCAUCCCCAUUCAACAACCUAAUGUAACAACCACAGCAAGUCGUAUGAAUCCCUUGGGACUUAUAAUUGCAUUAGAUGAAAACAACACAGCAAAAGGAGACUUUUUUUGGGAUGAUGGGGAAACUACAGAUACCAUAGAAAAUGGAAACUAUAUAUUAUAUACAUUUUCAGUUUCUAAUAAUAAUUUAGAUAUUACAUGCACAUAUUCAUCAUAUCUGGAAGGAACUACGUUAGCAUUUGAAACUAUAAAAGUCCUUGGUUUGACGGACUCUGUUACCCAAGUUACAGUAUCAGAAGCUAAUCAGCAAGGGAAUCCUCACAAUAGUUUCACUUAUGAUCCUUCCAACCAGGUUCUCCUAAUUACAGAUCUCAAACUAAACCUUGGAAGAACUUUCGCUGUUCAAUGGAAUCAAGUUUUCUCUGAAGCAGAGAAGUUUAACUGUUACCCAGAUGAAGACACUGUCACUAGAGAAGUGUGCGAACAGCGUGGUUGUUCGUGGGAAACGGUUCCUUCUAAUCCCAGUGCGCCUCAGUGCUACUUCCCUAGACAGGCUGAUCCCUACUUAGUUUCAUCAACUCAGUAUUUGCCAACGGGGAUAACAGCUGACCUGCAGUUGAACACGGCCAAUGCUAGAAUAACACUACCUUCUGAGCCGAUUUCAACGCUUCGUGUGGAAGUGAAAUAUCAUAAAAAUGAUAUGUUACAAUUUAAGAUUUUUGAUCCCCUAAAUAAGAGAUAUGAAGUUCCAGUUCCAUUAAACAUUCCAGCCACUCCAACGAGCACUUAUGAAAACAGACUUUAUGAUGUUGAAAUCAAGGAAAACCCUUUUGGCAUCCAGAUUAGAAGGAGAAGCAGUGGAAGGAUUAUCUGGGAUUCUCAUCUGCCUGGAUUCACUUUCAAUAACCAGUUCAUCCAGAUCUCUACCCGCCUGCCCUCAAAUUACUUAUACGGCUUUGGGGAAGCGGAGCACACGGCGUUUAAGCGGGACCUGAACUGGCACACGUGGGGAAUGUUCACCAGAGACCAGCCCCCUGGGUAUAAAAUGAAUUCCUAUGGAUUCCAUCCCUAUUAUAUGGCUCUGGAAGAAGAAGGCAAUGCUCAUGGAGUUCUCUUACUCAACAGCAAUGCGAUGGACGUCACUUUCCAGCCAACGCCGGCUCUCACCUACCGCACAAUUGGAGGAAUAUUGGACUUUUACGUGUUUUUGGGCCCAACUCCCGAAGUUGCCACAAUGCAGUACCAUGAAGUGAUUGGCCAUCCAGUCAUGCCACCUUACUGGUCCUUAGGGUUCCAGUUAUGUCGAUAUGGAUACAGAAAUACAUCAGAGAUUGAGCAGCUCUAUAAUGGAAUGGUGUCUGCUGGGAUCCCUUACGAUGUCCAAUACACAGACAUUAAUUACAUGGAAAGACAGCUUGACUUCACGAUUGGUGAAAGAUUUCUUGGGCUUCCUGCGUUUGUUGACAAAAUAAGAGGAGAAGGAAUGAGAUACAUUAUAAUCCUGGAUCCAGCUAUUUCAGGAAAUGAAACAGAACCUUACCCUGCAUUUGAAAGAGGGAUGCAGAAAGAUGUGUUUGUCAAGUGGCCUAACACCAGUGACAUUUGUUGGGCAAAGGUUUGGCCAGACUUGCCCAAUGUAACAAUAGAUGAAACUAUCACUGAAGAUGAAGCUGUUAAUGCUUCCAGAGCUCAUGCAGCUUUUCCAGAUUUCUUCAAGAAUUCCACAGCAGAGUGGUGGGCAAGGGAAAUUAUAGAUUUCUACAAUGAUCAAAUGAAAUUUGAUGGAUUGUGGAUUGAUAUGAAUGAACCAUCAAGUUUUGUAAAUGGAACAACUACUAACCAGUGCAGAAAUUAUGGGCUAAAUUAUCCACCUUAUGCUCCAGAACUUACGAAAAGAUACGAAGGCUUACAUUUCCGAACUAUGUGCAUGGAAACCGAGCAGAUUCUUAGCGAUGGAACAUCGGUUUUGCACUACGAUGUUCAUAACCUGUAUGGGUGGUCACAAGCAAAACCUACCUAUGAUGCAGUACAACGGACAACUGGAAAAAGAGGGAUCGUUAUUUCUCGCUCCACCUACCCCACUGCUGGCCGCUGGGCGGGACACUGGCUGGGAGACAACUAUGCAAAUUGGGACAACAUGGACAAAUCAAUCAUCGGUAUGAUGGAAUUUAGUCUCUUUGGAAUAUCAUAUACUGGAGCGGACAUCUGUGGUUUCUUCAACGAUUCAGAGUAUCAUCUCUGUACACGCUGGACUCAACUCGGUGCAUUUUAUCCAUAUGCAAGAAAUCACAACAUUGCCUUCACUAGAAGACAAGAUCCUGUUUCCUGGAAUGAAACAUUUGCUGAAAUGGCAAAGAAAAUUCUAGAGAUUAGAUACACAUUAUUACCUUACUUCUAUACACAAAUGCAUGAAAUCCAUGCUCAUGGUGGUACUGUUAUUCGACCUCUUUUGCAUGAGUUUUUCAAUGACAAGCAGACUUGGGAAAUAUACAAGCAGUUCUUGUGGGGUCCAGCCUUUCUGGUCACUCCUGUGCUAGAACCCUAUGUGGACACUGUAAAUGGCUAUGUCCCUGAUGCUCGGUGGUUUGACUAUCACACAGGAGAAGAUAUCGGUGUCAGAGGAACCUUUCAUGACUUUUCAGCUCCGUUUGAUACGAUAAACCUGCAUAUCCGUGGGGGUUAUAUCCUGCCAUGUCAAGAGCCUAAUCGCACCACAUUUUACAGUCGAACAAAUUAUAUGAAGCUCAUUGUGGCUGCAGAUGAUGACCAGGUGGCAAAAGGAUCUCUGUUUUGGGAUGACGGAGACACUAUAGACACCUAUGAAAGAGACCUGUAUUUGUUGGUACAGUUUAAUUUCAACAAGACGACUCUGACAAGCACUGUGUUGAAAAAUGGCUACAUAAAUAGAACAGAGACACGGCUUGGCUAUGUCGAUGUAUGGGGAAUAGAAGCAACUACUGUCACCCUAGUUAAUUUGAUAUAUAAUGAAAAUACAGUGUCACUUAAGUUCAACCAUACUUCAGCCAAAAAUGUGUUACAAGUUGAUCUGAGAGACAAUGGUGUGACUCUAGAUGAACCCAUAGUAAUCAGCUGGUCCUGAAGAUAACACCCAGUUUGAAUUCUCGAGGGGAAAUUACUACUGGGUUUAAGUUUCUCAGCACUUGUUGGUCUCCCUCUUCACAGACAUCCUCUAUUCUAUAAAAUAUAAUUUUUGCAGCAUUUGUCUAAUGGUUGUAACACAAUGUACAUCAGCAAUUAUGCUAAUUGUAUUGUGUCAAUAUAAGUUAGACUCAAGUUUUCUAAACAUAUGCAAUGGCAUUUGAAUAGUUUUUUUCCUUUUGCUUUAAAAAGCAGCUAAAUCUGCAAAUUUAGUAUUAAAUAUUUAUGUGUGUCACUAUG